GUGACUGAACUCCAGCUCACUUCCGACUCUGCGUGGAAGAGGAAAAAAGUUGCACGUCAGGAGUAGAAAAAAGUUUUUUUAAAGCCUAAGCACAUCAGAGGAUAAAAGAGGUCGGUGAUCGGGAUAAAUGCUCGGGAUGUCCGCCAACAGUGUGUCCUAUAAUGAUCAGGGGAGCUCGGUGGAGUCCGGCGUGGACGCGGCGCAGGAGAACAGCAACAUCCAGGCGAGCAUCAGCGGAGGAGCGGCCGCUUUCAGCCUGUUCAGCGCCGACUACAAGAAGAAUGAAGAUCUGAAGGAGAUGCUGGAAAGCAACAAAGAGUCUCUGAAGCUGGAGGCCAUGAAGAGGGUUGUGGGGCUCAUUGCCAAUGGAAAGAAUGCAUCCGAGCUUUUUCCAGCAGUGGUGAAGAAUGUUGCAAGCAAAAAUAUUGAGCUGAAGAAGCUGGUGUAUGUGUAUCUCGUCCGCUACGCAGAGGAACAGCAGGAUCUCGCCCUCCUGUCAAUCAGCACCUUCCAGCGGGCACUCAAGGACCCGAAUCAGCUGAUUCGAGCGAGUGCUCUGCGGGUUCUGUCCAGCAUCAGAGUCCCCAUCAUUGUCCCCAUCAUGAUGCUGGCCAUCAAAGAAGCAGCCACUGAUCUUUCACCAUACGUGCGCAAAACAGCAGCUCACGCCAUCCAAAAACUCUACAGUCUGGAUCCUGACCAGAAGGAGCAUCUCAUCGAAGUCAUCGAGAAACUGCUGAAGGACAAAAGCACGCUGGUUGCCGGCAGUGUGGUGAUGGCGUUUGAGGAGGUUUGUCCGGACCGAAUUGAUCUGAUCCACAAGAAUUAUCGGAAACUAUGUAACCUGCUGGUGGAUGUGGAGGAGUGGGGUCAGGUGGUCAUCAUACACAUGCUAACGCGCUACGCUAGGACGCAGUUCAUUAGCCCAUGGAGAGAGGAUGCUAUUUUUGAUGAAAACAGCGAGAAAACCUUUUAUGAUUCAGAGGAGGAGAGGAGGGUGGAUCAGUCUAAACCCUACAUUAUGGAUCCAGACCACAGACUCCUGCUCCGAAACACUAAACCACUGUUGCAGAGCAGAAACACUGCAGUUGUGAUGGCAGUUUGUCAGCUCUACUGGCAUUUGGCCCCUAAACAUGAGAUCAGCAUCAUCACCAAGUCCUUGGUGAGGCUUUUGAGGAGCCACAGGGAAGUUCAGUAUGUCGUGUUGCAGAACAUCGCCACCAUGUCAAUUCAGAGGAAGGGGAUGUUUGAACCCUUCAUGAAGAGCUUCUAUGUGAGGUCCACAGAUGCCACACACAUCAAAACACUGAAGUUGGAGAUUUUGACUAACCUGGCUAAUGAAGCAAACAUCUCCACCAUACUGAGAGAAUUCCAGACGUAUGUGAAGAGUCAGGAUAAGGCGUUUGCAGCAGCCACCAUCCAGGCCAUCGGUCGGUGUGCGACAAACAUCUCUGAAGUGACCGACACCUGCCUGAACGGCCUGGUUUUACUGCUGUCCAACAGAGACGAGACUGUUGUUGCAGAGAGUGUCGUUGUCAUCAAGAAACUUCUGCAGACUCAACCAUCACAGCACAGUGACAUCAUCAAACACAUGGCCAAACUGUUCGACAACAUCACCGUCCCAAUGGCGAGGGCCAGUAUCCUGUGGUUAAUGGGUGAAUACUGUGAACACGUGCCUAAAAUCGCCCCUGAUGUUCUGAGAAAAAUGGCCAAGUCCUUCACCAGCGAGGAGGACAUUGUCAAACUGCAGACCGUCAACUUGGCUGCCAAACUCUACUUAACCAAUUCCAAACAGACUAAACUGCUGACUCAGUACAUUCUGAAUUUGGGAAAGUACGAUCAGAACUACGAUAUUAGAGAUCGCACGCGGUUCAUCCGUCAGCUGAUUGUGCCAAACGAGAAAAGCGGAGCCUUAAGCAAAUACGCACGCCGUAUCCUGAUGGCACCCAAACCGGCUCCUGUCCUGCAGUCCGCCUUCAAAGAUCGUGAUCGAUAUCAGCUUGGCACGCUCUCUCAUACACUCAAUUCCCAGGCCACCGGGUACCUGGAGCUCUCUGAUUGGCCGGCUGCUGCUCCUGACCAAUCCGUAAGAAAUGUGGAAGUAGUGGAACCGGUGAAAGAAUCCGGAGCACCGUCACUUGGUAAAUCCAAAGCUGGUAAAUCUAAAGAGAAGUUUUACUCCGAUGAGGAGGAGGAAGAAGAAGAAGAGGAUGAGGAAAGCAACAGUGAAGACAGCAGUAGCAGCAGCAGUGAAGAGUCAGAAAGUGGAUCUGAGAGCGAGGAAAACAGCGAGGUUUCAAACAAGAGCAGCUCCAGCCAAUCAGAGAAGAGCUCCAGUGAAUCAGACUCUGACAAGAAGAAGAAAACCCAGAAAAACAAAAAGAUACAACAGCAGAAGCCAGACAGUAAAAACAGAAAGCAGAAGAAUGGGAAUGCUGGAAAGAGUGAAUCCAGAUCAGAAAGUGAAUCAGGCUCUGGGAGUUCGUCGUCUGAAAGCUCGUCUGACUCCGGAUCGGAAUCGGGAUCGGAACUGGAGUCGGAUUCAGACUCGGGAACAGAUCAGAAGAAAAACACCAAGUCUAAACCUGUUCAGUCCAAACCUGUCGUUAAGCAGGUUGAGAAGAAGGAAGUGUCUUUGCUUGAUCUGGAUGACUUCGCUCCCACGCCAGUGACGACACCCAAAAGCUCCAUCUUGUCUCCUAGUCUCCUGUCUGACCUACAAGGGCUCUCAAUCUCUCCCACAUCGGCCUUACAGAGCGUCUAGAGCCGCAGGCAUCAGUAACAGUGUCCAUCGGUGUGAACUUUAAUGACUCCACACAAGCUGCAAACUUCCAGCUCUGCACUAAAGAAGACGAAUUCAGCGUGUCGAUCCAGCCUGCAGUCGGAGAGUUACUGCUGCCCGUCAGCAUGAGUGAAGCAGACUUUACCAGAGAACAGGGUAAACUGUUGGGCAUGAAUGAGUCGUCGGCAACAAUCACCAUGUCACCGGAAAACAUCUCCAGCCAAUCAGUGAGCAGAAAAGUGGUGUCUGUCGCCAACCUGGGUGUGAUUUCAUCAACUCAAGAAAACAUUCACAGGUUUGCAGGUAAGACGGUGAGCUCUUCCUCUCUGGUGUUGGUUUCAGUGACUCUGAAGGAUCCAGAUGCUCAGAUCACAGUAAACACUGAGAAAAGCGUCAUGGGCUCAAUGCUGCUGCGCCAGCUGAAAACUGCCCUGGGCAACAGCGCCACCUAGAAACCACACCUGCAGAACUCCACCUGGCGGACAAUAACACCUGUAAUGAGAAAUUUCAGAUCUUCCCUCAAUCUCGGAGGCUUUAUGUGCUUUAAAUGCAGCUCUGAUUGGUCAAUGUUCGGUGUGAGAUUUUACUGUAUUCAGAAAAGCUCAGUCGUCACAAUUUGGAGAAUCUGUGUUUUCUUUGGCCAGAUUUAAUCACGCUGGAUGUCUGGAUGACACCAUGGCAGAUAAUUUGUGCUUGUAGUUUGAUAAAAUCAUACAAAGCGAUGUGAAGUGCCUUUUCUAAAAUGAUGAAUCUAAGUGCCAGACGAGUUACAUUACAGUGAUUAAAAAGAUGUGGAAAAAAGAA